UAUGCUUUAAUUUUAUCUGGGUAUUUUAGAUCCUAUUUUGACAAUAUCUAUCCAACUUACCUUUCGUAUAUUGCUUAUAUUUUGUGACCGGUUUAUUCUAUGCGACAUUUCAUCAAAUUCUAGUUUGAAUGUAUUAGUUUUUCUGGCAUACUACUGAUGUGCCUUUUGACAAUUUUUCAUAUCAAUCUGGUAUAUGAGUGAUGUACCGGUGAAGCUGUAAUGCAGUGGUUCGGACUCUUGGAUUUCAACUAUUGACGUUCGGGAAGCUAAGGUUCACGUUGAACUUUGCGCAGAUAAAUUGAAAGCGUGUAAAGCUAUAUAUGCUGAGGCAAUGUCGAAACUUGAACAUUUUUCCAAUUCAGUUCAUAUACUACGCCAAAGUCAAUGUACCAGUAAUGAUGAUAUGAAUAACCGUGAUAAUUGUUAUCUAAGCAACACAAAUAAUGAUGAAUAUACUCAUUACAGUCUACGAAGUAGUAAUCUAGUCAUCAAUUCAAAAGAUACUGAUAAUAAAUCAACAUCUCACAUGUCUUCCAGUUUAAAUCAGACUCCUACAAGUUUUGAUGGGGUUUUCACCGAUGAAGUUCGACAAAUUAAUGAAGUGAAUAAAGUACACCAGUGUUCUACACACUUUUCUGUUUGUGAUCUACAGAUGAACAGUUCAAAGACAAGAAUAUUUCCAAUAAUGGAUGGUUUGUUGGAG